GUACAUAGAUGUGGUUCAGUCUGCAACAGACACUGACUGCAGUUGAUUCGUCCAAACAAUAAACGAAUAUUCCAAUCGGGAUGAUCGAGUUGAAUGAUGACCGAAAUUACUUUGUUAUCAAUCAGAUCCUCUCACACAAAUGACCGCUCUCUACCUCCACUCCAAUCAAGUAGAAAGAAUGAUAAGAGAACGAUGGAGAAUUAUUAAAUGCACUACAAAGUACGGAUGGCUCAUGGCUUACUACCAAGGAUCUAAAAUAUCUCAGGAGCGAAUGAAAAUAUUAGUUAAUCUCGCUAAUAAAAUCGGCCAGAAAAAUUGUGAAAUUGCUGUCGCCAGAAUUCGAAAACUAUCGUAUGGAAUUCACCCAAAUCAAAUUCCAAUAGUCGCUGAAGCCAUCUUAAAUGAAAUAUACACAAUCCUUAUAUUUAAGCAAAGGCGAGAGUUUCGAUGGGAAAUGAAACAUCUAGUAUCAAAAUCUCCAACGGUGUUUACAAUUUCCAACGAUAUAUUUUGAAAGCGAGCAAUACAUUUGAUUGACAAUGACUGAAGAGUUUCUUUUGCAAAAUAUAUAUAAAAGAAAACUAAAUUAAAGUAAUGAAUUUUUACAUCUCUCAAUGGGAUAAACACAAAAAAGCUAAAAAAUAAUAAAUUCUUCUCUUUGAUUUUCUUAAACGUUGAAAAGGGAGUAAUUAUCUCAUAUCGUCGUCAAAAAAUUAACGAAAACUAAUUAAAAUAAUUAGUAUUGUCGAAUGUAAUAAACUAAAAUACACUCUUGUAGGCACUCAUGAUUGUAAUAAACAUCUACAAUGAAUUUAUGUCUAUAUAGGUAUUAAAAACACACACUUCUACAUUGAAAUUAUUUGAGGUCAGUCAAACAUUUUAGGCAAUGAAUUGUGUGUGAAUCUUAUUGGCCUUUCAAUUACUAUAUAUUGUCACGCACAAAAUGAAUAUUGUAUAUUGGUAACUGAUUAUCAUAUCCCAAGAACUUUUAUAUAUUCAAUUUAUGAUUCAGUAAAAAGAUUCAUCGAUCGAGAAACACUAGUUCACUAUUUAAUUUUGCUUUGCCAAUAAUAUGGUCCCAUAUGUCUAAGAAAAAGUCUACGAUCUCCUAUUGUGCACUGAAUAGGAAUAAAUUCGAGUAAUUUCAGUAUU